AUGAAUAAUACACAAACAGUAAAAGUCGUUAGCUUCCAUUGCAAGAAAGUUAUUAGAUCGUUAGACUGUGUGAGAAGAAUAUGUCGCACAGCGGACGUGGUGGCGUUGCAGGAAACAUGGCUCCUGCCUCAUGAUAUUUCGUUCCUGGGAUCUUUAGAUGAUGAUUUCGCGUACACAAGUGUGUCCGCAGUGGAUACUCCGGCUGGGUUGCUUCGUGGGAGGUUGUACGGCGGCGUAGCUCUCCUGUGGAGAAAGAACCUGCUUACGUCUGUGUCGGUGAUAGCACGUAGUAGUGUACGACUUGCGGCAAUUAAAAUAGUUGUCAAAGAGAAGUCGUUCCUUAUAGUGUCAGUUUCUACCAAUUCAAGUGAAAAUAUACCGGAGUUUACUGAGUGUCUCAGUGAGGUUAGUACCAUAAUAGAGAGCACCGGCGUUGAAUCCGUGUACAUACUUGGUGAAUUCAAUGCACAUCCAGGUGUGUGUUUGUUAUGA